AUGACUCACCACGAAGGAGGCCCAGCCUUUCCCGUACUAGCGACUAAAUGCAAGCAUCAAGUCGCAAAACCUACCAAUCCGCCCAUCGCAGCGCCAGUAUCACUUGCGCCCAGUGAAGUAGAUGUGGGUUCCGCGUCCCAGAACGAGGAAAGGUACGAAGAGAGUUUGAAAACCAUAUUCCAUGGAUCGACUGUGGUAGAAAACGGAUCCUUCUAUGUUGAUUUUGAAGACGGAGAUGGGCGGAAUCCAGUCAACUUUUCUCCUGCGAGGAAGUGGGCAAUUACGAUAACUGCUUGUGCCUUUACGGGCAUUGUAGCUGCUGCUUCGUCUUCGUAUACCAUGGGAUAUUCGUCAAUGAUCAGAGACCUCGAUUGUACAUCAUUCCAAGCAUCUGUGGGACUGGGCACGUACGCUUUAGGAUUUGCAGUUGCGCCCCUGGUCACUUCGUCGUUCAGCGAGGAAUUCGGCCGCUUUCGUUUUUACAUCGUCUCGUCUUUCAUGUUUAUGCUGACAGAAGUUAUGGUGGCUUUGGCACCAAACAUACAAACCGUCAUUGUAGCUCGUUUUCUCGGAGGAUGCUUUGGCUCGACGGGCGCAACACUCGUGGCUGGGACUAUUGCAGACAUAUGGCUGCCUCAUCAACGGGGUUUUCCUAUGUCCCUCUAUGCCUUGGCGGUUGUUGCAUCUUCUGGUUUCGGCCCAAUGGUUGCGGGAUGGAUUGAAGCCAAUCCAUCCCUGGAAUGGCGGUGGAUACAAUGGAUCCAUGCUAUCGUCAGCGGCGUGUAUUCUAUCUCCGUGCUUGUUUUCGUGAGAGAGACUCGCUCGACCGUCAUCCUGACUCGUCUGGCCCAUCAAGUGCGAAAGGACACCGGAGACAGCCGAUAUCGUGCAAGAUCAGAAGAAAACAAGUCCAGUCUUAUGUCCAUGAUUGCGAUUUCAUGCACUCGCCCACUAUGUCUCUUAUUUACCGAGCCCACAGUUCAGAGCUUUAGUCUCUGGAUUGGAUUUGUAUGGGGCGUUCUCUUCUUUUUAAUCGACUCAGUAUCGGGCGAAUUUCAAAACAUCUACGGGUUUAGUGUCGGAGAAACAGGGAGCGUUUUCGCCACCAUAUCCAUCGGAAGUCUUCUAGGUUGCUUGGUUAACGUAUACCAAGAAAGGCUAUAUAAAAAAUAUGUCCACCGGAAAGGCCAGGAAGCCCGUCUUUACAUGGCCUGCAUAGCAUCCAUAACCCUUCCCACCGGGAUGCUCAUCUUUGCGUGGACCGCUCGAGAAGACAUCCCGUGGAUAGUUCCUCUGAUCGGCCUUACGCUUUUCAUGGCCUCCGCUUUCGUCAUAUAUCAAGUCGUAUUCGUGUACUUGGCAGAUUGCUACGGGCCCUAUGCAUCCUCAGCACUGGCAGGUCAGAGCUUGUGUCGAAACAUACUAGCCACCGUCUUCCCGCUCUUCACGACCCGAAUGUUCGAGCUCCUGACUUACAAAUGGGCAAAUACUCUCUUUGCGCUAAUAGCGGCCCUCAUGAUCCCUAUACCAUAUAUUCUGUUCUUUUAUGGUUCGAGAAUACGACGGUGCAGCCGUGUCUCCCAGAAGAUCCUAGCGAUCGAGGAGGAACAAAAGAAAAUAGAGUUGGAAAAGUCGUAA